CAAGUGAACGUCACUUCCGCGAGGGCGCUUGACGAGCGUUAUCGAUGCUGUUGCGUCGUCUGCUCCGCGUAUACCUCGCACUCUACGAGACCUACUGCCGAAGUGUGGGCGACGGCGAGGACUUCGCAAGUACGGCGACAUGAAGGGGUUGGUUGUGGCGCUGCUGCUGUGCGCGGCCCUCUUCUCCGCACUGCUGCAGGGAUCGGAGUGUCUCUUUAAGAAGCAGAAGUGUGGGAAGAUCAUAGCCGGCAAAUUUACGAACUUUUUUGGUCGCACGCCGUACUGCUCUUACUUGUGCCGAUCGUUUCCCCCGAAGAUGGAGCGUGAGACGGACGGGACACCUUGCUGGAGCUUUCGUGGUAAAGGCACUUGCCAAGGAGGACGAUGCACAACCCGCGCCUGGAAACGUGUCGUCACUGCUCGACCGGUGCCUCCACGCCCGAAGUCCUCUGCCUAGCGGUGCCCGUUGGACGACGGCUCCGCGCGGCGGCGCGUGCGCCAACCUCCUCGUGCCCGAUUCGAACAACGUCGUUCAAAACUGAGGCCUGCGCACUGUCCAGUUGAUUAUACAUUACUUCGACACCGUAAUGCCUCUUAAAAAAAGGAAAGAAGAACAAACCCUUACUGUAGCUCAACUAUGGCUUGGAGCUUGUAGAAGGUAUUUUGAAGCAGGAUGAUGGGACGGGGGCAGAAAACACACGCAGCAGGACUAGCGACCACUGCCAGCUAAAUGUUUUUUUUUUUUUUUUUAAGAAGUACCAGCCGUAUUCAUAGCCACGUUGAAAACACCGAGAAAAACGAUCCUGUUCAGCAGUCAUGCGCCCAAGGUGGCACUACGACUACAAGUGUUCAUCUAAAAAUAGCAUCUAUUGUUUAAAUAGGUUUAGUCACGCCGCGAUGACACACUUUACUGUGGAUUUUCGUUUUCUUUUUACUUCUUCAGGAACGUGACACUACUAUAAACAGCAGAGUACAUGACUUUUUAUUGCCGUGAGCUGCAAACUGAGUGGUAUCACAUUUCAUCCUAGCUUUUUGGCACUAUCAUUUGGUCUAUAAUAUGAGCUACAACGCUUAACACUUUCAGUGUACAGUCCAUGUGAGGUGAUUCAACAAAAUGGUAACGUUGUGCACUUCCUGGAAUGCAAAUAAAUGAGAGGUUUGACACUUA